AUGCGGCUCCUCCAAAUCACAGACGACGGCAGCUUGAGCUUCACAUACGACCUCAGCGAUGACAAAAUUCCCAGAUACGCCAUUCUGUCCCACACCUGGGGCCCGCCGGAGCACGAAGUCCUCUAUCAAGACGUUCUCGACGGCAGCGCAUUGGCAAAAGAUGGGUUCCGAAAGAUCAGGCUUUGCGCCGAUCAGGCUAAGCAAGAAGGGCUGGAGCAUAUCUGGGUUGAUACCUGUUGCAUCAACAAACACAAUUCGGUCGAACUCUCGGAGGCUAUCAACUCGAUGUUCAAAUGGUAUCAAAAAGCGGAAGUAUGCUAUGUCUGGCUACCGGACGUUUCAGGAAAAGACCGUGAUCAGGGCGAGCAGCAAGACGGGCGUUUGGAUACCAGCAUUCGAAAGAGCAGAUGGUUUACCAGAGGAUGGACUUUGCAGGAACUGAUUGCCCCCAAAGAUGUCAUUUUCUACUCCAGGGAGUGGGCCAAGCUCGGUGACAAGAAGUCGCUGGAACGUCUCAUAUCCGAAAUCACGAGAAUUCCCGCGAAAGCUCUUCGAGGCGAGCCUUUGGAGCAGUUCAGCAUCACAGAACGACUGUCAUGGCAGGACAGCCGUAAGACCACCAAGGAGGAAGAUAAGGCAUAUGCUCUUCUAGGGAUCUGUGGCGUCAACCUGCCUUUGAUAUACAGCGAAGGCCAGGAAAACGCAUUCCGGCAUCUGAAGACCGAGAUCGAGAACGUUUUCAAAGGUGCGGAAGGGAUCAAACGCGAGGACUUUGCGGUACCCCUAGCCAUCGACGAUGUCAUCGGCGUGGAAUCUUUCGUUGCCAGGCAGGAUGAGCUGAAAAAGAUGCGGGAAGUGUUGAACAGUGAUGGUAGUCGCCGAACUGUCGUCAUUCACGGCCUGGGAGGCAUGGGCAAGACUCAACUGAUGAUUGCUUACGCGAAACGGCACAGGAACGAUUACUCCGCCAUCUUCUGGCUGAACGCAAAGGACCUCGAUAGCUUGAAAGCGAGCUUUGCUAAUAUCGCGCGGCAGAUCUUGCAAGUCCAUCCCUCUGCUAAGCACCUUACGGCUUUGGAUCCCGUCGCACCGAAUGUGGACACGGCUGUGGACGCUGUUAAAGCCUGGCUGUCGCUCCCCAGCAACACUCGCUGGCUCUUGUUGCUCGACAACCUAGACAAUCCGAAGGUACCAGACAAUCCUGACCCUGAGCCAAUCGAUAUCCGAAAGUUUCUCCCUUCGGCGCAGCAAGGCUUCGUGGCAGUCACUACUCGAUCAUCUCGUCUAGACAUCGGUCAUCAACUACAUCUGCGGAAGCUCAACAGUGCAGAAGAUAGUCUCAAAAUCUUGUCCGACUCAUCUCACCGUGACAUCACGCUCCACGAUGAUUCAGCCCCACAACUCACGAAGAGAUUGGACGGAUUACCCCUUGCGCUAGCGACUGCUGGUGCUUACCUUCGUCAAUCAUCUAUGGACCUCUCCGAGUAUUUGCGUUGGCACGACAGCGCGUGGGCAAGAUUGCAGCGAACGAGCCCAGGCUUGGUAUCUUACGAAGACCGAAUGCUCUACUCUACCUGGCAAGUCUCCUUCGAUCAAGUUGAAAAUAUCAACCCGCUCUCAGCUGGACUUCUUCGAUUGUGGGCCUAUUUUGACAACCAGGAUCUCUGGUAUGAGCUCCUUCGCCACGACGAGGAAGAAAUGGAAGACCGACCCCAGUGGAUAGCCGACGUCGUGAAGGACAAGUUGACUUUCGAGGAGGCUAUUCGGGUCCUUCGCGAUCAUGGCUUGGUGGAACAUCACCCUUCUUCGCUUGAGCUUACGGAAUCAGCCGGCUAUAGUAUCCACGCCUGCGUACACUCCUGGACACGAACCGUUUUGAACCCUGGUGGCAAUGCGGAGCUGGCCAUAGUUGCACUGAGCUGUAUAGCGUUACACGUGCCAACCCGUGAUGAUGAGAAACACUGGCUGGUGAACAGGCGGCUUCAUAGCCAUGCCUCCUCCUUCACAAUCGCCGACCUUACGGACCGAUGCACGAUAUUGGUCAUGGGCAGUUUCGGCAACAUGUACGGCAAGCAAAGCAGGUUUGACGAAGCAGAAGAGUUGUUACUAAACGCUCUAAGGGGAUACGAGGCGCUAUAUGGCGAAGACCAUGGAAUGACGAUCAUGUACCCAGUCAUUAAUCUCGGACUUCUUUACGCUGAGCAAGGUCGGGUCGUGAAGGCAGAUGAGAUGUAUCAGCGCGCAUUGCCAGCAAGAGACCGAUUGCCGACGGAACGCCAGGAGGACGUUGACCGCCUCGGCAGGCAAAUCAGCCGGCUUCGCCACGAACAGGAAGAAGAGCGUGACAGUCCGUCAACACCCGCACAGGAAUCAUCAGAUGAUGGACAUGAGCUGUAG